AAUGAUUUUUUAAAGUUUAAUUUCUUUCUACAUUUUAUAAUUCUUUGCCGUUGGUUUCUUUGGAUUCCAAGCCUCCACGGUCUAAAAUAAAAUUAACAUACUCCGUAUUCCCUAUUUUGGAUCGGCAAAUUAACACAGUGGGAAGGGUUUAGGGUUUUAGCCUGUGGCGCAAAGUCUUCCUCACUUCAAUGGCAACGGCGCCAAGCGACGACGAGAAUACUUCCGACAGCACCGAAAUGGAAAUGGAAGAUGGAAUAGAUAUCAUAGAUCAAGAAGACCAGAACUGGGAUGAUUGGGAAGCCGAUGAAGAAGACGAUGCCCUGUAUCCAGUCUUCCUCUGCUUGUUCUGUGAUUCCCGGCUGAAUUCCGGCCGAGCUCUGUUUCAGCACUGCGCUUCCUGCCACCGAUUUGACUUCGAGGAACUCAAGAGUAAUCUUCGCUUGGAUUUCUAUGGCUGUUUCAAGCUCAUCAACUACAUUAGGUCUGAGGUUGCUGAAAGUAGAUGUUGGAAUUGUCGGAUCACCUGCAAUUCGAAGCAAGAUAUGCAAGACCAUUUACACAAAAUGGUAGAAUAUAGAAGUGAUUUCCUGCCAUGGGACGAUAACAAGUAUCUGAAGCCGUUCUUGCAGGAUGAUGCACUAUUAUAUAGUUUUGUUGAAGACGAUGAUGUUGAAGAAGAUACUAUGUCAGUUGAUAACAAUGAUAAUUUGUGCUCUAAGGAUCUGAGUGGUUUUGAAGGUAUUAGAAUCAAUGAUAACGAUUUUUCAUCUAAAGAGUGCCAGGCUAGGUACGAAGUGUGUUGCGAGAACGGGGAAAAGAAGGUUGCAUCUCCUACUGAUGGAAGUUGCAAUAAUGGAAAUCCAUUGGACAGUUCUGAAAUCAAAAGUGUUUCACCGCAUAGAAAAUCAGAGGAUGAGAGGCAUGCUAGUUCUAUUUCCGAUGUUGAGAUAAAUCAAAUAAAGGCCAUUAACAAGAGUUAUUUUGGUUCAUACAGUUUCUUUGGAAUUCAUAGGGAGAUGAUCAGUGACAAGGAAAGAACCGAUGCUUAUCGGAGAGCAAUGUUGGAAAAUCCCUCUCUUUUUAGAGGCAGUACUGUUAUGGAUGUUGGUUGUGGGACUGGCAUACUAAGUCUCUUUGCAGCGCAAGCUGGAGCAUCAAGGGUAAUAGCAAUUGACGGUAGUGAAAAGAUGGCUGCAGUGGCAACUGAGGUUGCUAAGGAAAAUGGACUUCUGUGGAAUGUUAGUCCAAAUAAUAGUGAGUACAGUGGGGUAAUUGAUGUGGUCCACGGUAUGGUUGAAGAGCUUGACCUUACCAAAAUAAUUCAGCCAAACAGUGUUGAUGUGCUGAUAAGUGAAUGGAUGGGCUAUUGCCUUCUUUACGAGUCUAUGCUAAGUUCUGUGCUGAUGGCACGAGAUAAAUGGUUGAAGCCUGGUGGUGCUGUUCUCCCAGACACAGCUACCAUGUUUGUUGCAGGUUUUGGAAGAGGUGCAACUAGCAUUCCAUUCUGGGAAAAUGUGUAUGGAUUUAACAUGUCUUGUAUUGGCAAGGAACUAACUGCAGAUGCCUCUCAUUUUCCCAUUGUUGAUGUUGUUGAUGAUUCUGAUGUAGUCACCAGCACGGCAGUCCUUCAGGCAUUUGAUCUGCUCACAAUGAAGACAGAGGAGAUGGAUUUCACAUCCACAGUCGAAUUGGAGCUAAAGAACGUGGCUUCCCUUGAAAGCCCGUUGUUGGAAUCAAAGCCAAGCACCACUUGGUGUUAUGGGCUAGUCUUGUGGUUUGAGACUGGGUUUACUGGUAGGUUCUGCAAGGAAAAGCCGACGAAUUUGUCAACAUCCCCAUACCACCCAAAAACACACUGGUCACAAACCUCACUAACCUUCAGAGAACCCAUUGCAAUGUCAUCCCGAAGAUCAUCAUCAUCAUCAUGCUGCAGUGGCAAAAAGCUAGAAGCAGUAGGUACUGAAGACUGCCCUGCUGUGACAUUACAUUUGCGCAUCAGUAUUGUGCGUGCUAUUCAGCACCGCAGCAUUGACAUCUCCAUGGAGGUCACGGCACUUGGUCAUGAUGGACGAAAAUGCAGCUGGCCAGGCCAACUCUUUAAUCUAUAACUUCAAUGAUGAUGGAAUUCCCUUUUAAGCCAAGAACUCUGAUGGUUUUUUUUCUUUUCUUUUCAUCCUUGGCUAGUAAACCCAUUUUAAAUUUGUAUUUUUGAUUGAAUUGUAUCUCGAUUCAGUUUAAUUUUAUUUUAUAAGGUAAAAACUAAAAGUUUUGAUCUAUA